AUGCUACGAGGAGUCUUUCCUGGAGAUGAACUUCCUGCACGUUCCGUGUCUGAAGAUCCUCCUCAGCAAGGCGCUGGGGCUGGGAAUCAUCGCGGGAUCAGUGAUGGUCAAGCUGCCUCAGAUUUUUAAGAUCCUUCGUGCGAAGAGUGCGGUGGGACUGAGCUUCAAGGCCGUGUCGCUGGAGAUGGUGUCGAUCACCGGCUCCAUGACGUACAGCAUCAGGAACCACUACCCCUUCAGCUCAUGGGGGGAAGCCUUGUUCCUCAUGUUACAGACCCUAACUAUCGGCUUCCUGAUGAGACACUACGCUGGACAGGCAAGGCAAGGUGUGCUGCUCCUACUGAUUUACUUCCUGCUGGUCGGCUUGUUGCUGUCGCCUGUCACUCCGCUGGUGACGGUGGCGUUUCUGCAGGCGCUGAACAUGCCCGCCCAUCAAUCGUCAGCCG